CAAUAACAAAUUACAUUUUUCAAAAAUUUCAAACUUUCACGUCUACGAAGCUGUGCAAAUCGGUCCACAUAUUAACACCCUUUAGGCCUUUAGACUUCCCAUCCCCUUCCUUCUUCUCCAUUAAUGGCGUUUUCCAUUUUCGUUCUGUUUUAUCGCCAUACGACGCCGCUUUCAUGUUCUCUCCCGGUACCCACCUGAAAAAACCUAACUUUUUUUUUUGUUCCUCUUCCGUUUGGAGAUGGGCCGCCUCUCUUGCAAUGCAGUGUCAGCCAUUGCGGUUUGUGAUCCCUACAACUGGAAUUAUUAUCGUAGAAAAAAAUCCAACAAAAAGGAACCCGGAAACACCACCAACAACGUUGAAAUCAGACGGUUUCGUUACACCGAUCUCCUUUCAGCCACCGACGACUUCUCUUCCGACAACUUCCUCGGCAGAGGCAGUCACGGUUCCGUCUACAGAGCUGUCCUAGACAACGGAAAGUUAAUCGCCGCCGUUAAAAGAACGAAAGCUAACUGUAACAGUCCAGCGGACAACGAGAUUGAGAUUCUCUCACGGGUUUAUCAUCCCCAUCUCGUUAAUCUCAUCGGUUACACUUCCGAUACCUUUUGCGGGAAUAAACUAAUCGUCUUCGAAUAUAUGCCCAACGGUUCUUUAUAUGAUCUUUUGCACUCCUCCUCCGUUAGAACGCCGGGUUGGUCCAGGCGUGUUCGGUUCGCUUUGCAGGUUGCGAAAGCGGUUCAAGCUUUACACUCGGCUAAUCCGCCGGUGAUCCACAGGGAUAUAAAAUCGUCGAAUGUUUUGAUUGACCGAAACUGGAGCGCGCGAUUGGGUGAUUUCGGGCUUGCAUUGAGGGGACACGUGGAGGAUGUACGGGUUAAUUGCACGCCACCGGCGGGGACGUUAGGGUAUCUCGACCCGGGUUAUUUGGCACCGAGUGACGUCAGCACUAAGAGUGACGUGUUCAGUUACGGCAUUUUGCUAUUGGAGAUAAUUAGCGGGAGAUAUGCCAUUGACUUGAAUUAUAGCCCCCCGUCGAUUGUUGACUGGGCCGUCCCUCUGAUCAAGGCAGGAGAUUUCGCCGCAAUUUGCGACGGCCGUAUCGGGCAGCCGGGGGAUAAGGAGGUGAUAAGAAGUUUGGCGGUAUUGGCGGCUAGGUGCGUCAGGUCCACAGCGGAUAAACGCCCCGGGAUGUCGGAGGUGAUUGAAUGUUUGAAGCAGGUGAGGAAGAGAAAUCACGUGGGUCCUGUUUGGAGUAACUUAAGGCAGCGCGUCAAACGCGUGGAUAAACAGUCGGUGAAGAACCAAGUGUUUGAAGGUAGGGAGGAGGCGGCAAGGAGUUCGAGGUACGGAAGUAAGAGAAAUAGCCGAAAAGUAUCCAGUGUGGAUCACAACAGCAGCGAAGCAAUUGAUGAUCGCACGGUGGGAUAUGGAUCGAGAUCGACUGGUUCGUUCGCGGAGGUGGCGAUGAUGAUGACGAAGAAGGGACAAAAAGAUGUGGAUGAAGGCGACGUGGUAUGGGUGAGAAAAGCGACAGGAAUGAAGGUGGAGCUGAGCAAGUCGAGGUCCAUGGGAGUUGUACUAACGAAUGAGAACAGCAGGAAGCACGUAGUGGGAACGGGGAAACGAAGGAACUCUAAUGAAUUCGACAUCUCGAAGUUGGUAAUGAGCUUGGAUAUGGAUGAAGGCAAGAUGGCAGAAAAGCCCUUGGUUGGUUCUGGUUGAUGUUUAAGGUUGGAUGAUAGAUUCUUGAUUUGCAGAAGACAGUAAACAAUAGGAACUGCACAAGGGUAUGUUUUAUUUCCAAAUUGUUGAGUUUUGUGUUCAACUGAAACCUGGAAUCCAUCAACUUACAGCAUCCUAUCUCCUGGUUGAAGAUUUCAAAU